UGCCAGAUUUCGGACGUACACAAAGAUGGCGCUACGCUUAAAUGGAAGAGACCGAAGGACGACGGUGGAACUCCCAUCGAGUACUACCAGAUCGACAAGCUGGACACGGAGACCGGUUGCUGGGUGCCAUGCGCCAGAUCCGAGGAGCCUAAAUGUGACGUGACCGGCCUGACGCCCGGCAAGGAGUACAAGUUCCGCGUGUCCGCCGUCAACUCGGAGGGAGAGUCCGAGCCGCUCGUCUCGGAGGAAGCCAUUGUCGCCAAGAAUCCAUUCGACGAGCCUGGUGCACCAGGCACGCCAACAGUCACAGACUGGGACAAGGACCACGUGGACCUCAAGUGGACCCCGCCACGCGAAGACGGCGGUGCUCCCAUCGAGGGAUACAUCGUGGAGAAGAAGGACAAGUUCGGCAACUGGGAGAAGGCGCUCGAAGUGCCCGCGGAUAAGACUAACUGCACCGUCCCCGAUCUUGUUGAGGGACAGACUUACGAGUUCAGGGUACGCGCUGUAAACAAGGCAGGACCAGGCGAGCCCAGCGACAGCACUCACCCGAUCGUCGCCAAGCCCAGGAACCUGGCGCCCAAGAUCGACCGCACCAACCUUAUCGACAUCAAGAUCAAGGUCGGACAGAAAUUCGGAUUCGAUGUCAAGGUUACUGGUGAACCAAUGCCGGAAACCAAAUGGUUCCUGGCCAAGAAGGAGGUCAAGUCUGGCGGUGACAUGAAGGUGCAACACUCUGACUACAACACCAAGUUGAACUGCAAGUCGGCCACCAGGGCUGACAGCGGUAGAUAUACCAUCACCGCUGAGAAUAUCAACGGCAAGGACGUCGCUGAGGUUGAGGUCAUCGUGCUCAGCGCGCCAUCGCCGCCUGGCGGACCUCUUAAGGUAUCGGACGUGCACGCAAACGGCGCCACUCUAUCCUGGCGUCCACCCUCAGACGACGGUGGCCAGCCUGUCGAGAAGUACGUGGUGGAGCGCAUGGACGAGGCCACCGGCCGCUGGGUGACAGCUGGGGAGACAGACGGCCCUGUCACCAGCCUCGCUGUCGACGGGUUACAACCCGGACACAAGUACAAGUUCCGCGUCAGUGCUGUUAACAGACAAGGCCGUUCCGACCCGCUCACAACCCACUCGACCGAAGCGAAGAAUCCGUUCGACGUGGCCGGCAAACCAGGCACUCCGAAGAUCAAGGACUUCGACAGGGACUUUGUGGAGUUGGAAUGGACCAGACCUCAGACCGAUGGCGGCGCUCCGAUCACCGGCUAUGUUAUUGAGAAGAAGGAUAGGUUCUCGCCUGAUUGGGAGGAGUGUGCACAGAUCGAAGGUGACGUCACAACCGGCAAAGUGCCAGACCUCAUCGAAGGCAACACAUAUGAGUUCCGUGUACGUGCGGUCAACAAGGCCGGCAAGGGUGAGCCCAGUGACGGAACUGCUCCUCACCUCGCCAGGCCCAAGAACCUGCCGCCCAAGAUCGACAGGAACUUCAUGUUCGACAUCAAGGUCAAGGUCGGACAGAACUUCGACCUCGACGUGCCUGUCGCUGGUGAGCCGACGCCAACCAAAGAAUGGCUGCACGGAGACAACGUCGUCCUCAAUACUGACAGGAUCAAGGUCAUCAACGAUGACCACAGCACCAAGAUCCGUGUUAUCGACGCCAAGCGGGCCGAUACUGGCACCUACACUCUUAAGGCUAAGAACAUUAAUGGAACUGACACGGCGACCGUCAAGAUCUUGGUCAUGGACGCACCUUCACCACCAGAAGGCCCGCUCAAGGCCGACGACAUCACAAAAUCUGGAUGCACACUACGCUGGAGGCCGCCCAAGGAUGACGGUGGUAGCGAAAUCACCCACUACGUCGUCGAGAAGAUGGACCAAGAGAACAUGCGCUGGAUCCCUGCUGGUGAUGUCAACUCAUGCAGCAUUAGGAUUGACCAUCUCAUCGAAGGACAUGACUACAACUUCCGCGUGCGUGCAGUUAACAAGCACGGCGAGUCGCAGCCACUUGUUGGCCAUGAGCCGAUCACUGCCAAAGAUCCCUACGGUACACCCGACAAACCAGGUACCCCCGUCGUCAAGGACUGGGACAAGGACCACAUGGACCUCGAAUGGGUGCCGCCGAAGAAGGAUGGUGGAUCUCCCAUUACCGGAUACAUUAUCGAGGCAAAGAAGAAGUACGGACCUUGGGAAAUGGCAGCCACAGUGCCAGGAAACCAGACAACCGCUACUGUACCUGGCUUACAGGAAGGCGAAGAGUACGAGUUCAGAGUUAUCGCUGUCAACAAGGCCGGUAACGGAGAGCCCAGUGACGCCUCUACUCCUCAAGUCGCCAAGGCCAGGUUCUGCGCGCCGCACUUCGACAAGAUGCUGCUCGCAGACAAAACUGUUAAGGCUGGACAGAGAAUCCAAUAUGAGAUUCCCAUCGAGGCAUCGCCUAAACCAACUGUCGAAUGGCAGAUCAACGGCAAAGUUGUUCAUCCGUCAGACAGGAUUGACAUUCAGAUCUUGCACAAUAGGGUCAUAUUAGACAUUCCAUUCUCUGUCCGCGCUGAUGGAGGAGUUUAUAAAUUGACUCUUAAGAACGACCUGGGAAUAUGCUCAGCUACAGCGCAAGUCACCGUCCUUGACAAACCUUCAAGGCCCGAGAAGCCUUUGGUGGUGUCGGAUGUUACAAAGGAAUCAUGCUCGCUGUCAUGGAAGGUACCACUC